UAUGGUUCUGUAGUUGUAAUUUUUCUGAUUCAAUCCGCCAUAAUAAUAUUUUUUAUUUUUUUAUCAGCUUUUGCAAUUCAUCAAAGGGAUAAUAUUACGACACGUCACGAAUAAGGUGAGGUAAUUUUGGAUACAGGGCCCUUCUAAAGCGGCUAUUACAUUGUAAACAUGAGCAAAUUUACCGAAAGCGAAGAUGAUCCUGAUCCUUACGAGAGUUCUGGGGAUGAAUGGAAAGAGGAUGAAAAGGUAAAAAAACGUACAUCAGCAAGACUAAACAGCAAACCGCGUAAAGUACAUCACGAUUCGAGUUCUGAAGGCACCAGCGGUUCAGAAAGUGGAGGAGAAGUUAAGGUUCAAAAGAAGACGAAGAAUGGUAUUAAUAAGAAGCAGAAAGUGUCACAUUCCACUAGUGGAGCACCAAAGGAAAAUAAUCGAAAGACUGACAGAUCAGAAGGGGUUAUAUCAAAUACAGCCAACAAUCGAAAAUAUAUGCCUAAAGUUAUUUCAGGGAAUGAAUAUAUGACAGGAACUUUUGUGAUCAAUAAAAAGGAUGUUCAGAAAGGAGAUCCCAAUUGCAAGCCAUGUAUAUGGAGAAUAGAUGGCAAAGCAUUGCUCCAAAAAUAUGAACCAUACGAAGAAGAUGGCAAAUGGAGACAUAAAAACACUUCAGUGUACACUGGUUGGUCACCAAUGGACAAAGAUAUGUACUCACCAGUUACAGUGGAUGUAGUAGGGCACUCCCAAAAUAAUCUGUUGGUAGAGUUGCAUUGGGAUGAGAUAAAGAAAAUUAAUUAUGAUAGUGAUUGAGUUGAGAUUUUUUAUUAUUUUAAUUUUUUGCCGAAAUGAAUAUUGAAUGAAAUGAUAAAUAUUUAUUUAAUGUAUUUUGAACAUACGUUUUAUUUAUUGUCGUGAAAGAAUUCAUUUUAUUUUGUUAUAUAUUUCAAUAAAUUGAAAGAUAUUAAUAUAA